AUGCAUCAUAUUUUUGACCAACAUGCUGCUGCUGUCACAAGUGUAAGAUUUGCAAAUGAUGAUAAGUCACGAGUUGCUUGUUCAUCAACAGAUGGUACAUUAUCUAUAUGUCAAGUGAUUCCUCCUCCUGCUACAGUCAUAUGCAUGCUACGAGGUCAUGGCAGUGGUGUGACUGAUUUCUCUUGGUCCUCAUCAAAUGAUAUCAUUUUGUCUGUGUCACUUGAUGGAACAGCACGGCUUUGGGAUGUAGCUGCAGGAAAUUGCAUUCGGGUCAUUGAAGAUGGCAGUGGAGCUGAAUUAUUAUGCUGUCUUUUUCAACCACUGAACAAUAACAUGUUUGUUACUGGUAGCAACAAAGGACAUGUACAAGUGAUGAACGUAUCAACUGGUCAAUGUUGUAAGGGAGGUACAGGAAAAGCAGCUGGCCGAGUUUUAACCAUGACCUUUGACUCAAAUGGACGGAUAUUGUGGUCUGGUGAUGACAAAGGAUUUAUUUUCUCCUUUCUCUUUGAUUUAGCAACUGGAAAAUUAGUAAAAGGCAGAAGAAUCACGGUGUGUGAAAACCGAACUGUGACAUGUAUAUCAGCCAGAAGCUGGAUCAACCGAGAGGCCAGAGAUCCUUCUUUACUUGUGAAUUGUGCAGUCAAUUAUUUAUUCUUAUUCAGCAUUGUUUCUGAAGAUGGUGGCCUUCAAUUGAAGAGAAAAUUUCCAAUUAAACACAGAACAGCCCAUGUAAAAAGUACUUUUUGUCCUCUUAUGUCCUUUAGGCAGGGAGCCUGUGUCAUUUCCGGCAGUGAAGACAUGUGUGUGUAUUUUUUUGAUAUUGCAAAAGAAACCAAAUCCUGUGUGAACAAACUUCUUGGUCACUCAGCUCCAGUACUGGAUGUUUGUUUCAAUUAUGAUGAGAGUUUGUUAGCGUCAUGUGAUGCGCAUGGCAUGGUGAUCAUUUGGAAAAGAGAAGGAAAACAAGGCAUUCUAUAA